AUGGCUUUGUCUUUCCCUCCCGUCGAGGAUCCCGCCUCGAUCGGCCCCCUCUACAUCCUUCACUUUGCAACGUCGAACCACACCUUUCGUCUACCGGACUUUCUAGCUGCCGCCGAGUACCUUCGCAUCCCGUUUGCAUUCGUUCCUACACCUGCUAAGACCGUCCUCGAGGAAUGCCGCAAAGCGCACGACGCUACCGAGGAGGCUUCGCCGUCAGGGUUCCGCCCGGAUCUUCGACGACCGUUUGCAUUCGCGCACCUUCCCAACGAUGAUGCAGCUGUCAGUCUGCUGCGCCGCUGCGUGUCUCUUCGAUCCGUCUGGGCGCAUUGGUCGCAUGGAAGCGACUAUGACGAGCUUCAUUCUCGCAAUCAGCAGGAGGGCAGUCGAGCGCUGUGGACCCCCUACGUCGAGGCAGCCGAUUGCCCCUCUUGGAAGGCGCACGUCUUCUCGUACAGCUACACCAUCAGCGACAAGCGCAAGAUCGACAUCAUUCAAAGCUUCAGCUACAUGGACCUGAAGGGCCGCAUCCAGCUCAAGAAGCCAGACAUGCGAUGGGGUGUCAUGGAAGAGUUCGUCGCUCAAGAGCUGUGGCCGAACCAUCUUCGGGAUGAGCAGAACAACUUUCCUGGAGCAGGCAAGGACACGGACAAGGCGGAGGGCAGAGAAGAGCUUGGCGACAAGGACCCACGACUGGUGCAGAUCUUUCUUGGCCGACGCAUCGACGUCAAAGCUGCACCGCUGCAUUCGGACAAGGCGACGGCUGCUGCACCGCGAAAGUCGACCGAUCCCUCCCAAGAAGAUCAGACGGGGCUCGCCAGGAAUCUCAUUGAGACGCUCAACCUUAAGAAGCGUGUCUAUAUCGGCAACACGUCGAUGGAGUCCGAGAUGAGUCUGAUCAUGGCGAGCAUGGCGCUGGCUGGACCUGGCAAGCUCAUCUACGAUCCCUUUGCAGGGACAGGAUCCAUGCUGUAUGCAAGCGCCGUCUUUGGAGCGAUGGCGUUCGGCAGCGAUAUCGAUGGCAGGCCGAUGCGGGGCAAGGAGAACAUCAGCGACUCGAACAGCCAGACAGGCAUCGUCAAGAGCGCAAAGCAAUACGGCGUGCGCGACCACAUUCUCGAUACGGUGGUCUUUGACAUUACGCAGAGUCCUUGGCGGAAGGAUCUCCUGUUCCCGGUGGAUGACGAGCAGCGACAACAGACCAGCCGCCGACCCACGGGUGUAGUGGACGGUAUCGUCGCAGAUCCUCCCUACGGUGUCCGGGCAGGCGCAAAGCGACUCGGCAAGCGAGAUCCGGAAAAGCAGAGAACCGAAGCUUACUGGAUGCCGGAUGGCCUCGGACCUGGACAAGGAUGCUGGUCUCACGAACGCUCCGACUACAUCUCACCCACGCGACCGUACCAUUUGGAGGAUUUGGUGAACGAUCUGCUGGACUGCGCGUACAGUCUGCUCUGCGAUGGCGGACGAUUGGUGUUCUGGCUGCCGGCCAUACACGAUUCGGAAGACGAGGAGACGAACGACGACGACGGCGGCGAGGCUGGAAAACAGACUCAAUCGUCUGCUGCAGCAUCGGUGAGCAUCGAUCUGCCGCAGCAUCGACGCAAAGCAGGCCAAGGACGAAUGCGCAUGAUCCACUACUCGCUGCAAGACUUUGGACGAUGGGGUCGAUGGCUCAUCACCAUGGAGAAGGUGUCGCCCGAGAACGAUGUGGACGACGAUGGUCUGCGUGAGCUGGAGCAGAGGAUGGGCGAGCUGGGCAAGAACAAGGACGAGCGUGGCAUCUAUCGGGCUGAUCGAGACCCGCUCGAGUUCCGCAACCGCUACUACCUGCCCCGAGGAUCGAAGGCUGCGGCUUCGUGA